GGGAAGGGCAGCCGUGCGCGCGCGCCCUCGCUCUCGCUCGUUCUCGGCGGCCGUUCUCGCUGCUGCUGCGGCUUGGGCUGGGGGUGGCGGCGGCGCGGGCGGCUGGCGGCGCGGGGCGGUCCGGCGGGUUCAAAGAGGAAAACAUGGCGGAAAACAAAGGCGGCGGCAGCGGUGGCGAGGCCGAAAGCAGCGGCAAUGGGGUCAGCGGUAGUGCGGCGGCGGCGGCCGCGGCCGGGCCCGGGGCUUCAGGACCCGCGGGGCUGGAGGCGGAGCCGCCUCUCCCCGCGGUGCUAGUGGAAGAGGAGGAGGAGGAGAGCGGCAGGGCCGGGCCGGAGGGCGGCUCGGCCGCGGGGCCGGAGGACGGGGGGGUGUCCGCGGCCUCCUCGGGCUCAGCCUCUGCGGCCUCGGCUGCCAGCGCGGCCUCGGCCGGUCCCGCGGGUGCGGGAGCGGCAAUCGCGGCCUCGGCCCCGGCCCCGACAGCCCCAGCGGCUCCGGUAGCCCUGGCGGCGCCGGCUCCCGCGCCGGCGGGGCCGCCUCCCGGGCCCCCGGCCUCGCUGCUGGACACCUGCGCGGUGUGUCAGCAGAGCUUGCAGAGCCGUCGUGAGGCGGAGCCCAAGCUGCUGCCCUGCCUGCACUCCUUUUGCCUCCGCUGCCUACCGGAGCCCGAGCGCCAGCUCAGCGUGCCCAUCCCGGGCGGCAGCAACGGCGACAUCCAACAAGUUGGAGUAAUACGAUGUCCAAUAUGCCGCCAAGAAUGCAGACAGAUAGAUCUUGUUGAUAAUUACUUUGUGAAAGAUACAUCUGAAGCACCUAGCAGCUCUGAUGAAAAGUCUGAACAGGUAUGCACAAGCUGUGAAGAUAAUGCUAGUGCAGUUGGUUUUUGUGUAGAAUGUGGAGAAUGGCUUUGUAAGACUUGUAUAGAAGCACAUCAACGAGUAAAAUUCACUAAAGAUCAUCUUAUUAGGAAGAAGGAAGAUGUCUCAGAGGCUGUUGGAGCAUCGGGUCAGCGACCUGUUUUCUGUCCUGUCCAUAAACAAGAACAAUUGAAACUUUUUUGUGAAACAUGUGAUAGACUCACAUGUAGAGACUGCCAACUACUGGAACACAAGGAGCAUAGGUACCAGUUUUUGGAAGAAGCAUUUCAAAAUCAGAAGGGUGCAAUUGAGAAUUUAUUAGCUAAACUUCUUGAGAAGAAAAAUUAUGUUCAUUUUGCUGCGACUCAGGUGCAGAAUAGGAUAAAAGAAGUAAAUGAAACUAACAAACGAGUAGAACAGGAAAUUAAAGUGGCCAUUUUCACCCUCAUCAAUGAAAUAAAUAAGAAGGGCAAGUCUCUCUUACAGCAGCUAGAGAAUGUUACCAAGGAAAGGCAGAUGAAAUUGAUACAGCAGCAGAAUGACAUCACAGGACUUUCACGGCAAGUGAAGCAUGUCAUGAACUUCACCAACUGGGCAAUCGCAAGUGGCAGCAGCACAGCUUUGCUGUACAGCAAGCGACUGAUUACGUUUCAGUUACGCCAUAUUUUGAAAGCCCGCUGUGAUCCUGUUCCAGCUGCUAAUGGAGCCAUUCGUUUCCAUUGUGAUCCCACCUUCUGGGCAAAGAAUGUGGUCAAUCUGGGAAAUCUUGUUAUUGAAAGUAAACCAACCCCUGGUUAUACACCAAAUGUUGUAGUUGGACAAGUUCCUCCAGGCACAAACCACAUAAGUAAAACACCUGGACAGAUUAAUCUGGCUCAGCUCCGCCUUCAACACAUGCAGCAGCAGGUGUAUGCCCAGAAACACCAGCAGUUACAGCAGAUGAGAAUGCAACAGCCACCAGCAGGAACAGCAACUACCACAACACCACCACAACAGCAUCCUAGACAAGCAGCUCCUCAAAUGUUGCAGCAACAGCCUCCACGUUUAAUCAGUGUGCAGACAAUGCAGAGAGGAAACAUGAACUGUGGGGCUUUCCAAGCCCACCAGAUGAGGAUGGCUCAGAAUGCUGCUCGAAUACCAGGAAUACCCCGACAUAGUGGACCUCAGUAUUCCAUGAUGCAGCCUCACCUCCAAAGACAGCAUUCUAACCCAGGACAUGCUGGACCUUUUCCUGUUGUAUCUGUACAUAAUACCACAAUCAACCCAACUAGUCCCACCACAGCAACCAUGGCAAAUGCUAAUCGUGGUCCUACCAGCCCAUCUGUUACAGCAAUAGAGCUUAUUCCCUCUGUUACCAAUCCAGAGAAUUUACCAUCCCUUCCAGACAUCCCACCAAUACAGUUGGAAGAUGCUGGUUCAAGUAGUUUAGAUAAUCUCCUAAGUAGAUAUAUCUCAGGCAGUCACCUCCCCCCACAGCCUACAAGUACUAUGAAUCCCUCUCCUGGACCCUCUGCCCUCUCACCAGGAUCAUCAGGCUUAUCCAAUUCACACACACCUGUGAGGCCACCAAGUACCUCCAGCACAGGCAGUCGAGGCAGCUGUGGGUCAUCAGGCAGAACUACAGAGAAGGCCAGUCUUAGCUUCAAAUCUGACCAAGUAAAGGUGAAGCAAGAACCUGGGACUGAGGAAGAAAUAUGCACCUUCUCAGGAACUGUGAAACAAGAGAAAACAGAGGAUGGCAGGAGGAGUGCAUGCAUGUUGAGCAGUCCUGAGAGCAGCUUGACACCACCUCUCUCAACCAACUUGCAUCUGGAGAGUGAGUUGGAUGCAUUAGGAAGCCUGGAAAAUCAUGUGAAAACAGAACCCAUGGAUAUCAGUGAAAGUUGUAAACAGUCAGGCCUCAGCAAUCUAGUCAAUGGAAAGUCUCCAAUGAGAAACCUAAUGCAUCGUUCCUCAAGGACUGGAGAAGGCAACAACAAAGAGGAUGACCCUAAUGAAGACUGGUGUGCUGUGUGCCAAAAUGGCGGGGACCUUUUAUGCUGUGAAAAGUGCCCAAAGGUCUUUCACCUCACCUGCCACGUUCCAACACUUCUUAGUUUUCCAAGUGGCGAAUGGAUUUGCACAUUUUGCAGAGAUCUUGGAAAACCUGAAGUUGAAUAUGAUUGUGACAAUUUGCAACACAGCAAGAAGGGAAAAACUGCACAGGGUUUGAGCCCCAUGGACCAAAGGAAAUGUGAACGUCUUCUGCUUUACCUCUAUUGCCAUGAACUUAGUAUUGAAUUCCAGGAACCAGUCCCUGUUUCGAUACCAAACUACUAUAAAAUCAUAAAGAAACCAAUGGAUUUAUCUACAGUAAAAAAGAAGCUUCAAAAGAAACAUUCCCAACACUACCAAAUCCCAGAUGACUUUGUGGCAGACGUCCGGUUGAUCUUCAAGAACUGUGAAAGGUUUAAUGAAAUGAUGAAAGUUGUUCAAGUUUAUGCAGAAACACAAGAGAUUAAUUUGAAGGCUGAUUCAGAAGUAGCACAGGCAGGGAAAUCAGUUGCUUUGUACUUUGAAGAUAAACUCACAGAGAUCUACUCAGACAGGACCUUCCCACCUUUGCCAGAAUUUGAGCAAGAAGAGGAUGAUGGUGAGAUAACCGAGGACUCUGAUGAAGACUUUAUCCAGCCACGCCGAAAACGCCUAAAAUCAGAUGAGAGACCCGUGCAUAUAAAGUAGAGUGGACCUAAAUAACAUUGUAAAAACUUAUUUAAGUGUUGCUGGCAUCCUGCCUGUGGUGGCCACCUCCUUGAAGAAGCUGGUAGCUUGCUUUUAGACAGUAUUAGAUUGAAAAUUGUUUGGACGGAAAACACAUUCUUGUCAAAAAGAGGGGACAGCUUUAUUGCAGACAUAAAAGAAAAACAAUUGAAUUGAAGUUUCCUGUUCUUCCUGAAGAGGAUGGGUCUCCGUGUUCUUACACUUAGAAAUGGGCAAAUAUUGGUGAUCGUGUGUGGUUUAGAUUGGUGUAGGAUACUGGCUGUACAGGUAAAUAAUUUGAGUCAUGUUGCUUGAUAAUUUUUCUCUUAGGACUGGACCAGUGCAGUUACUAAAUCAAAUUAUCCCCCAUACUGGGUUCUUGUCUAGUUUUAAAAUGAAAGUAGCAUUGCUCAAAUUUCCCUCUAAUGUGGACUCAACAUUGAAUCAUGACUUUAAAUCAAUCAAUUUUUCUCAUUUGAAUGUCAUUAGGCCUAACUUUCUAUAUUAGUUCAGAAAACUAAUCUGGUUCCUAUAGCUAGGUUCAGGGAAUUCAACCAUUCAUUGAUUUGUAGGUCAGCCUUUCCUGCCUACUGAAUUAGUGGGUUAGGAGUAGGACUGGGGCCAAUAAGGUGAGGCUGGGGGGAAGGAAAAAAAGAUAUUAUCUCUUCAGUCGUAGAUCAUGCAUAUUUAUAAUAGAGUCCUGUCCAGAUAUACACUUCCACACAAUUGCACUUCCCAGGUCAACUCAUUUGAUUGUAUUGUUGCCCCCAUGAAAUAGGCAGAAUGUUCGUUCCAAAAUUAAUUUAGUCUUGCGUACAUUCAAAUUUGAGUCUGAGAAGGUAACUACUGGCAGUCAUCCAGUCUUCCUUCAUAUCAGUUUUCUGAUAGACCACUAUUGGCAAACAAUAAUCUGUCAACUACCAAAUGUGUAAAAUUUCCUGUAUUUCACUUUGUCUUAUUUGUAAAUAGUGAACUGAAACUUCUGGCAGAUCGGCAACAUUUGCUGAGCCUGUUUUUUAAGCUAAUGUGUAUUCUUACUAAUGUUCCUAUCAAGAAUGGAUUUGUAAUAUAUGCUGUCUAUUUCUAACAUCACAUUCAUAUUUUGAGGUUCUAUCUUAUUUUAAUAGAGAACAGACUUCUCAAAGCUUUCUUCAGAAACAGCUUAUGAAUGAAAUGUCUAAAAAGAUUAUAGCAAACCCGGUGGGGUUAGAUUACUCAUCCGUCCACCAAGUGGGACAUUUGCAUGGACUGGGGACUCAAAAAGGACUUGAAGAGAACUAGGAGUCAGAGCCUGAAAAUUAGCUAGUCCCCACUUGAAUGGUCAUUGGAGUAUGCCCGCCUCUUGUACCCCAAUCACAGCAUUAUUAGGCAGAUAAAUCAACUUUAUUCUGGAAAAGUUCAUUUUUCUUCUCUUCAUUAGUAAUGCUUAGAUCCAAGACAUGUGUAAUUUAGCCCUUGUACAGGCUUAUCUUUUAUUAGGAGGAACAUUUAAAACUCCUACUUUCGUUUGGACAAAUUAGACCAUGAUACAAUGGCCAAAAUAUAAGAAUGUGCUAUUAGAAAUUCUCUCAGACACAGCAGAUUUGUGGCAAACUAUUUCCUUUUUUCUCUACACAUUCAGCAUGAAUAGUUCAUACAGUAUAGACCAUUCAUGAAAUGAAAUUAUUUGAUUUAACUAUACUGUAGAAGUAAAUAUUUUUAGCUCAUCUUGAACCAACAAAAACACUCUUAAAGAAAUGCUUGUACAAAGUUCCUUUGGGUCAUUUUUUUUUAUUUACCAAGGGAAGAAAAAUAAUAUUGAGGCCUUUCUAGAAUAUUAAAGAAAACAAAGAGUGGAGUCCAUAAGUGCUGGUUGAUUCACCUCCCUAGAUUUUCUUAAAUUUUGCUUCUGAACUUUCCUAUAAAUUGAUUUACAAACGAGGCAUUAAAAUAUUUUCACAUUUCAAACUCAAGUUUGCAGAGAACAGUUUUUCUCCAAAAGUAGCUACCUUUUCUUACUUGAAAUAACUUUUCCUCCAAGCCCUCUCUCCCUCCUUUCCCAUCCCCCUUCCUUAUCAGUUUGGAAUAAAAGGAAAAACCCAUUUAUUGAAAGGCUUUUUAUGUCAGGAGGUAACCUUUUUGGGGAGCUUAGGGUUGCUUUGAGUCCUGACAUAGGCUGUGCUUUGCUUUCUCUUUCAUGAUUCUCCAUUGUCUCAUUGGCACUUUUUUUUUUUUAAAGGAAUUAUCAAGAGUUUUCUGUUUUCCAGUAUUUGUAUACUUGGGGGGUGGGGGGUGGGGGUGGAGAUGAGGCAAGUUUAGUUCUUAAAGACCAUGUUAGAAGUUCUUCAAAUCGUUUGAAUUUGAUAUUCAGAAAACCAUAUUGUUUCUCCAGUAACCAUUCACUGCUAAGUGAUUACAAAUAAACUGAAGGUCAAAAGUGUUCACUUUGGACUUAGUUGAAUUUUUUCCUUACACACUAUCCAGAAUAUAAGUUCUGAUAAAGAAGUUUUCUUCAGUUGAAUACAUUGGCGUACAGUAGUAUUAGACCUUGAUAAUAUAAAUUCUUUUGGUAUCCAGCAAUUUUGCAUGUUAUCCUAUUAAGUUGCAGCUGAAGACCAACUUUGAACAUAUAACAGUUGAGUGAGUGUGUGUGUUGGAGGGGGGGGGGGGUUUGGUUUAGUUUGCAAGUUUUAUGUCUAUGUCUGUCAAAAGUUUCAGUAUUUUCAUACUGGCAUAAUUUCUUUAUAGUUGAAAUUCCUGGAAAAGCCUCAUUUAUUUGAUGCUUUAGGUUCUUUCUCAUGACACUUUCUAGCCCUCCCCGUGCCCCUCCACCCCCAAAAGCAACAAAAAAAACCCAAAACUAAUCCAAGUACGUUAAAGAAAGAACACAUUCCUGAUCUACAGUAAUUUAAAUGUUGUAGUUUAUAUUUAUGAAUGUGAAGGGAUGGUUUUCUAUGCUGAAUAAAUUGUAGUGGGAAUUUCUCAGCUUUCAGGCUUUAGAACAUGCCAGCUGGAAGUAAACCUUCAAGUUAACCAUCACAGAAUGAAGGGCCUGAUGCUGUUGAGAUGGUUUCUUUGGGUGUUUUGCUUUAUGAUGUGGAAUGUCCAGAUAGCCAAACAAUUUAAGGCAUCUAAUUCUAAUACUUGCUUAAAGGAAUACUUUUUCUAAAAAAAUUUUAAUCAUAUCUUGCUUUUGGUUGUAACUGGCCCUAAGAUUUUUUUAAGUUAAUCCAAAGAAAUAAAGGCAGUUUGUUCUGAAAUAGAUGUGAAAAGUGUAUAGUGUGCUAAUUGUGGACUGAUCAAUUACCUCAGCAGGUAUCCUGCCUUGUAAUUACUAGUGAUUAGUGUUAACCAGCUAAAUAGAUUCAGGUCUCCUGACUGUGCCCUGGGACUGUGGCCUACGAUGUAGUAUGAAGGCUAUGUUCCUAUCCAAAAAAGGGGUGCACGACCACCUGCCCCAAUACCUUUUCUCCUUGGCCCCCUGUUCCCUCCUUCUUUUUAUUCCCCAUUCCAUAUACUCUUUAAACAAGCAGAUAUGCUCUGUAAGUGUAGAUAGCUUAUUUCUUGUCAAAGCUGGCUUUCAGCACCACUUACUGUCAACAACAUUAACAUUUGAUCAAUGAAAUAUUUUGUAAAAUUUUUAUCCCUGUAUAAUUAAAAUAAAUCCACAUCUAUGCUUGUCAUAGAACCUUCUUUAUUAAUUAAUCUAUUGAAGUUUAAGUAACAGCAACAAUGUUUCCAAAUUGCAGUACAUUAUAACAACAUUCUGGACACAGACUCCUCCAUUUAUUUCCCUCCCAAUUGUCUCUUCCUUGAAAAGCAAUAAAACUGCUUUACAUCUGUUGCCUAAUAGCAUGGCAUGGGUCCUUUCCUUUGGAUAGUGAUUUUAUAGGAAAGUUUGUAUGCAUAUCACCAAGUCUAGCUUUUAAAAAUAAAAAUAAUAUAAAUGUGCAGGAGUUACUGACAAUAUAUUGUGGCAUUUUAUUUUAAAAAUUGGGGAAAGUUAAAUAUUUUUUUAAAAGUAGGUGUUUGAGUAAAUAAUGGAGGUACUUUUUUUAAGAAAUAAAUUUAUAUGCCACAGUUUACAUAGACAUAUUUCAGACUUCACAUGUGAACUUGGAUAUGGCAGUUUCUUUUACUCUGUUAAAAGUGCAUGUACAGAAAUUCUUCCACCUUAGUUCCUUGUGGUUGCCGACUUGUUUCUUUAUAAUAAUGCUUUUUAUGGUAUCUGAGAAUCAAUAGUUUUCCAAAAAGAGUACAGUUAAUUUGGAUAUCUUUAACAUAACUAUUGAACUACAAAGUGUUCAAAAAUUCAGUUUUACCCUUUUCUAGCAAAUGAUCUUUACAACUGAAGACUGUUCUUUUGAAUUCGCUAAAUUUCUACAUGGUAAGGCACUAAAAGCAUUUUGUAAGUGCCAUUGCAGCAUUCCCUUUUGAGUGUGACCUAAAUUUCAAACUUAAAAGAAAUAAAUGCAUGUCUGCUACUGGUCUGAAAAAUGUAGGCAUUUAUUAUGUUGAAAACACAAUGAAACAUGUAUAUAAGCCUAUAAAAAGAUUUGUGCAAUUGAAAGCCUGUUAAUUUUUUUUUUUUAGGUAGAUGAAAUAACUACACAUGAAAGGGUUAAAUUCACAGCAUUCUUAAUGAUGGUUUUUGCUCCCAGUAUUUACUGGUACUUUUUUUUUUUUGCACAUAGUUAACUUGACUCAUCCUUCAAUAUGAUUCUUCAAAAAAAAAAAGUACUGUUUCUGUGGUAUUGUAUUCUCUAAAUAAUCAUAUUUAAUUUUUUAAUGAGGUUACAGUUCCCAAUUGUUCCGUUCCUGUGUUUUUUGCUGGUGUGUAAUAAAGGCAAGUUUUUUCUUUUCAUGGUUAUUUAAUACAUUAGCAGCCUGUAAAUAUUUCUUGUUUAAAAUGCUCUGGAAUGUGUUGUAGAAGUUGUAUUAGAUCAGUUAAAAGCAUUGUUUAAGAACCACUUUGUUUUGGUUAUUUCUAUUAAAUUAGAAAAAUGAAAAAGUUUUCAAA